CUGCAGGAAAAUUUACGUGGAUUAAACAUUACAGCCGAUGGGCCGACACUUAACUACAGCGUGCCAGCAGAAGGUCAGCUCGAUUCACUAUUUAUAUUUCCACAGCUGGACCCCGUAACGCUGGAAAUUGGCCUUUUCUUGGAUUCGAAACUAUUUGAACACUUCCAGCGGGAAUACGUUGGUGAUGCGGAGCAGCAUUUGCUGGACUUCUCGCUCGCUCUCAUUAAUAAUGUGCAUGUGUUAUAUCAACAAUCUUCAAUGUCGCCCAAUCUGGACAUCGUUAUAGUACGCUUCGAAAUGUGGAAAAAGCAACCGGUAUCCAUCUAG